AUGAAGGAAAACGAAAGCAUUGAUGACAUGUUUGGAAGAUUCCAAACCAUCGUCAAUGGGCUGAAGAAUCUUGAUCGUAAAUACAAAAAUGUUGAUCAAAUCACGAAAAUUCUAAGAUGCCUCCCCAGAAGAUGGAGACCCAAGGUCACAACCAUUCAAGAAGCUAAAGAUCUCAGCACCUUGAGAUUGGAAGACCUCCUGGGAUCUCUGAUGGUUCAUGAAAUAGAGCUGGCUCAUGACGAAGGAUUGGAGAAGCAGAAGAACAUUGCUUUUAAAGCAAACAGUUCAAAGGCCAUUCUAACAAAAGAACAAUCUGAAGAAGAAGAAUCCUUAGAAGAAAUGUCAGAUGAUGAACAAGCCCUAUUCAACAUAAAGUUCAAAAGAAUGUGGAUCAAACAACAAAAAGGAAAAGGAACAUCAAGGAAGGACAACAAAAGGGAUUCAAGCAUGAAAAAGAAACCACUUGCAAAGAAAUCGGGCAAGAAACCCUUCUACAAGAAAAAGAAAGCGCUAGCUGCUGGAUGGGAUGAAUCUGAGGACGGUUCAGAAGAUGAAGAUGAAGACGAAGAUGAUGAUGCACUCUUCGCUCUUAUGGUAUCUGCAGAGAGCUCAGACGAUGAAGAUGAUGAGGUAAGACCUGAAAAUCUCAAAGAAGAAUUUAAUGAAUUACUUGAGCAUUCAUAUAUUCUAUCUGAAAAGUAUAAAGCUUUGAAGAAACAGUUUGCUAAAUUACAGCUUGAGCAUGAAAAACUUUUAAUAGAAAAAGAUCAUGCAGUCAAAGAAAAUACUGCUUUAAAAGAACAAGAUUCUGUUAAGGAAGUAACUUCUCUAAAGAAAAGAGUUAAAAUACUAAUAGAUGAUCUAUCCACAUUUACUACAGGACAUGAUAAUCUAGUUAAACUAUGUGGAAAUAGUCGUGAACUGUAUAAUAAAAGUGGACUAGGAUUUGAUAGUGAGUCAGCCUCAUCCAGUGAAUGCAUGUCUGAUAUAUCUUUUACAUCAUCUGAGUCAAGUCAAAGUAAGUUUGUUGUAAACUGUAAGAUUGAGCGAGAUGAACGAAAAACUUUCUAUGAGAAGAAGGUUCCCUCAAAAGUUACUGCUAACCCCUCAGGACCCAAGAAAAUCUGGAUGAUGCCUCCAAGACAGGACCCAAAGCAACGGACUAUGGUGGACAUGAGCCGUAUGGCAGAGGCCAUGGAGAACUUGAUGAAUGUGGUGGUACGACAAGCUGCUAAUGCUGCUGCGCAGGUUGCCGCAACUGCCCAAUGGAAUGCCGCCGAGUAA